AUGACGGUAGUUACGGAGGUUGACAAGCGGGCAAAGAAGGGUUUGGAGCAGAUAAUUGUUGCGUCAACUUCCUGCAACAAGGCUGCACCUGAUGACCAUGGACUCAUGGGUAUCUUGUCAGCUGGCACCGCAGCACACAGGUCCACAGGACAUGACGAGUUUGGCAGCACUUUUGGCACGAACUGGCUACGGUGUAGCGGCCAGCCGUCACAGUCCUCGCUGGGAGAUAUGGCUGUCAGGUCCAGGUAUCCGACAGUGCUGUCGAACCAUUUCACGGCAUCAAGGGCCCCUACAGGGCAUGUACCCUUGGCAACAUUAGGAUCCGUACAAACUGUACAGGGGAUGCCCGUUCACAGCAUGACACGAUGCAAGCCCACUAGGUCCCUUCACGGCAUGGUCAGUGUGAUGACGGCGGCGGAGUCUGCUCGGGACCUUUUGUCUUCAAUUAUUCAUCCUGUAUCAUACAGCAAGCUUGCUUCGCACUUGGUCCGAGAUUACAGCGUGGAGCUCUUCGAUUCUCUUUCGGGGCUCAUCCUCUGUCAUUUGGAUGAGCUAAACGGAAAAGAAUUGAGCAACCUGCUGUGGGCGUACAGCACUGUAGGCCACCGCGAUCCUAGCUUGGUGACCUGUAUCAUGCAAUCGCUCUUUAGCAAGCUGCCGGAGCUGGGACCCGCAGAGCUGGCGAAUGCUCUGUGGGCUCUGCAGCGCCUGGACUUGUAUGACGCAGAGUUUGUCUCUGCAGCAUCAGAGCACGUAUGGGAUGGUCUGCCAGCUGCCACGCCGCGACAGCUUGCUGCCAUCGUGCAGUCGUAUGCUUGGUUCCGACAGCAGGACCUGCAGCUCGACGAGGAUGUGGAUUUGCUGCGCAGCAUUGCGACCGAGUUCCGACAGCGGCUGCCGGCCGCGAGUGCCACAGAGGUCGCGUUGGUGCUGUCGGGCAUGGCGCGCCUGCGCCGUGAUGAUCCAGCUCUUCUUGCAGAUGCGUGCGCUGCGCUGCGGGGUGCGAUCGAUGAAGCGGGGCUGCCCUCACUUGCUGAAGCCAUCUGGUCAUGCGCACUCCUGCAGCACCGGGACCUCGAGCUUCUAGAGGCUGUCGCGGAGCGAGUUUCAGAGGCAUUGCGCCUUGCGGUGCAGCCGCCUGCAUACAUGGCAGGAAGCCCCGGGAGUGCUUCUCCCAGGCCUUACCAGCCCAGUGCUUGUGACGAGCAGUCCUCGGCGGCAGCGUCCGGGCAAGUGACAGACAUAGCUGUAUUGAGCGGUAGGCUGGCUGAGGCUUCGGAUGCCGGACCCACGGUAGUGGAGGUCGCGGCGGUGCACACGACUGCACCGCUCGGGGGGCUGCCGCGCCGUCACGGUCUUCCAAAUCUGUUGCCGCCGCCGCCGCCGCCGCAAAUGCCCGUAUCUCCACAGCCACCGCAGCAGCAGCAGCAGCGUUCGGCCGCGCGUCGGCAAGGCAAUCCCGCUGAGCCAUUUGCUGCUUGCGUCGGCGAUGCAUUGCAGAGAUUUAAUGCGCUGUGGCCUACUUGCUUCGGACCAGGCAAUCGCAGCCACCUAUGUGCAUUAUACGAACGGUUUAAUCCUUCUCUCUCGGAUGACUGGCAAAGCGCUUCAUAUGGUGGCAGUGCCACGGGAAUCCCUGGCCCAGUAGAAUAUGCCGGGGCUUCUGCCUCAGCUGUGAGCAGCACGCAUGGAGAGACGAAGCCAAUGGCACAAGGCCCCGGGCAGGGCCCUGUAACGAAUGCUGUGCAGAGCGCCGACGCCGCAGCCCUUCUAGAUGCAGACGUGGUGUCGAAGCUUCUCUGGUCGUAUGGCGCUCUUCAUUGCUAUAGCAGCUCACUGAAUACGCUGCUCUUCCGGCAGCUGCAGCGCUUGCAUCCGGAGUGCAUGUCCUGGUCCGCAUUGGCGAGGCUGAUGGGUGCACAGGUCAAGAAGCUGCCUGAGCGCUACCUGGCGCCCUGCUUUGUGGCUUUCCAUGCGGAGCAAAUGGGGCGGGACUACGUGAGGCCCGAGGCAACGGACUCAUCGGCCAGAUCUAAAACAUCGCUGCAGCCUUUGCCAGGUUCGCCGCUAAGCAGGGCCACUCUACAGGCGGAAGUCGUUGCAGUGCUGCGGGACGUGGGGCUGCAGCUGCGUCCCUCGGCAUCGGUCGACGGGCUCUUUAGCUUGGAGCACACAAUCCUAGGGCAACAAAUAGCACCUGGAGGAAGCCUAGUGUAUAAACACAGUUUUUUCUUCCGGCGAUUACCCAACCGCAGCAUCAACGGCCUCACCAUCUGCCUCGAGGUUUUGGCGGCUGGGUGUUGCACAUUGGACCCUCCGCACCGCCCAAUGGGCCCAGCAGUUGCGCGUCUACGGUCUCUCGAGUUCCGCGGCUGGACACCACUGGUGGUUCCCUUCUACGAGUGGGCUGCGCUGGCAUCCGAAGACAGCAUUGUGGCCUGGGCGAGUCAGGCGGGGCCCAAUGGCGAGGCUGAGAGGCAGCGGGUGAUGCAGGCUGUAAGCACUGCCCGGCAGGUGUACUUACGACGCAAAUUGGAGGACGUGCUGGCUGCUUUUCAAACGUGCAGUGGCAACAGCACUAACCGGAAGUGGGCAGCACGCGUUAUACCGUUGCUGAAGAAUCCUCAUUGGCUGCUUGUGUCUUUGGUGCUCGUCAAUGCUGCGUGCAACACCUCCCUCCCGAUCUUUCUGGACAGCAUGGUUAGCCCAGCGCUGGCAAUUGUUCUGGCCACAACGGCGGUGCUCAUCUUUGGAGAGAUCCUGCCACAGGCCGUGUGCGCAAGGCAUGGCAUAGCGAUUGGUGGGGCACUGAGCUGGGUGGUGCGCCUCAUCCUAAUCGUCACGAGCCCGGUCAGCUGGCCGGCGGGCCGACUGCUGGAUUGGAUACUCGGACAUGAGGAGAAAGUGCACGACCGUCGGCAGCUUAAGACCCUGGUGGCGCUGCAUGCCAAGCACGAAGGCUUGGGCGGUAACCUGAUGAAAGACGAGAUCAAGAUCAUCCGCGGCGUGCUAGACCUAGCUGGUAAGGAUGCCGCCGCCGCAAUGACUCCCCUCGACCGCGUCUUUGCGCUGCCAGCGGACGCCGUGCUCAACCGGCGUUGCCUGGCGGCGGUGUUACGGACGGGUCUUAGCCGCGUCCCGGUGUGGCAGCAGGGCCCUGCGGGUUACCCCGAGUUCCUCGGCUUUCUGCUGACCAAGGAGAUACUGCAGCAGGUCGAUCCCUCCAAGCCCAUCCGCGCGAGCCAGGCGCCCAUGCGCGUCCUUCCGCACUUGUCUGCGCACACGUCCCUCUUCGACCUGCUCAAGUUCUUCAGCAGCGGCGCCACACACAUGGCGGUUCUCACGGUGCCAGAGCCCGAGGUGGUCAGCUUGAUGCGCAGCCUGGCGGGGCCGGGUAGCACCAGCAGCACUCGCGGCAGUGGCAGUAGCGACGAUAGCAGUAACGACGAUGACGACGGGGAAAACUCUACCAGCAGCAGCUCGUCCUCUUCAUCGUCGCGCAGCUCUCGCAGCAGUGCAAGCAGGAGGAGCCCUGACAUGUGCCGCACCAGUACGUGCCAAGGGGCCACAACUUCACGGAGCACGCCAAGCGGCCCUAGCGGUGCCAGAGCCCCGCGGGGUUCCCUGGGUUGGCUGGCUAGGAGGUCCUCACGCUGGCGCACAGCUGAGCACCGCAUCCGAGCGGUACUAAGGCUCCUUUCGACUGGGAAAGGCCGCCGGAGGGCCCACUUGAGUACCCUGGAAGGGACCGGAACCCAUGGCAGCACCGAGGCUGACGUGCAUAUGGGUCAGAGCUUGACGGCUCCGCGGGCGCUCAGUGGCGGCGAACACAUGCCGCCCGGUGGUAUGGAAGUUUCUACUGGCGGUGGUGAUGACAUCAUAGCAGACGCCUGCGCUGAACUGGGGGAGCGCCGCAGCUUAGAUGCACUGCAUGGAUCCGCCAGGCCCGAGGUGCAGCUGAGCAGCAUGGGCGCCAUGGCGUCAGAGAAGUUGUCCCGAGUGGCUGCGGCGGUGCUUCAGCCGGAGGGCGUGUGUGCGGAGGACGAGGACGGCUUGCCAGCACAUCCAUCUUUGGGUGCCCAGCCGAACACCCCCAGUGCAGCCGUACUGCCUACCAUGGAAAUUCCGGAGCCUGCACUGCCGGUGCAGGGCGUUCAGUCUGAGCAGCAGCAAAUGCAGGUUGCGGAGCUAAUUAUAGAGAACAUGUAUCGGCAGCACGUUGAUACGGGAGCGCCUGCCUUGACUAUGGAUCCUGAACCUCCAGCCACGAAGGUGGCAGCUCCGUCGAUUCAGACACAAGGCCACCAUCACCCAAAUCGCCGACCCCACGGGCCCAACCUUGGCCAGUCUCCUGCGGCACAACUCAGGAGCCUGCGCAUGUACGGCGUCGGCAACGGCAUUGCUGGGCCGCCCACAGUCCCGUCGAGCGGUGUUGCCGAACCCCCCAUGCACAACGCACGCUCGGCGCCCAUAGGCCAAGAGCUGGAAUUUGAUAGCCCCGCGACAGGAGCGGCCACUGGGGUCAACACUAGUUGCUUGGGGGAGGCACAGCCGGGGUCCAACUACGGCAACACCCGAGCGGUUUUUAUGCAAGGGUCCCACCCUGGCGACCACUGGCUUAGCAGUGCAGCAGCUGCCGCCGAGAUGCUAGUACCCGUGGGCAUCAUUACACUUGAGGACGUGGUCGAGGAGCUGAUGCAGACAGAGAUUUUGGACGAAACGGACACGGCUGCACUGGGUGGCGGUGGACAGGCGGCUACACCUCAGCACGCGGUGCGGCCUGUGUCGUGA